AUGGCAGAAACUCUAAUUGCGGAAACCGAAACACCAAAACAAUACGAUCCGUUUCAGAGAAAAAUCGAUUUCAUACCUGUUAAAAAACCCUUCCAAGGCUUUUCCAAUGAUUUUCGUAUCGAAACCCUAAACCCUAACACCUCUGAACUUAAACAAGUUCUUUCCGUUAACGGUAAUGCCUCACAAUCAGCUCCUAAGAAACACGAUGGUUCUGAAUUCAACGAGUGUGGUUUAGAUCCUGAGUUCAGCUUCGGAAUUACCUCUCGCAGAAUAGGAGCUGGACUACAUAAUCUUGGAAACACUUGUUUUCUGAAUUCAGUUUUGCAGUGUUUGACGUAUACUGAGCCUUUAGCUGCUUAUCUGCAAAGUGGCAAUCAUCAAAGUUCAUGUCGCAUUGCUGGGUUUUGUGCUCUUUGUGCAAUACAGAAUCAUGUUAGUAGGGCACUGGAAUCAACUGGAAAAAUAUUAUCACCGGCGAAUCUGGUUGUAAACCUGCGCUGCAUAUCACGCAAUUUCCGAAAAUGUAGGCAAGAGGAUGCACAUGAGUAUAUGGUGAACUUACUUGAGUCGAUGCAUAAAUGCUGCCUACCUUCUGGAGUGCCUAGCGAAUCACCUGGUGCUUUUGAUAAAAGUUUUGUUCAUAAGAUCUUCGGUGGUCGUCUACGAAGUCAGGUGAAGUGCAUGCAGUGUUCUCAUUCCUCCAACAAGUUUGAUCCAUUUUUGGAUUUAAGUCUCGAAAUAUUCAAGGCAGAUUCUGUUCAAAAGGCACUUGCUAAUUUUACAGCUGGAGAAUUUUUGGAUGGAGGGGAGAAAGAAUAUCAAUGUCAACGUUGCAAGCAGAAAGUGAAGGCUCUCAAACAGCUAACGAUUAGUAAGGCACCUAAUGUGCUAGCAAUUCAUCUUAAGAGAUUCUACCCACAUGACCCUAACCUAAAGAUUAAAAAGAAUGUUCGGUUUGGCACUGCACUGGAUUUAGAACCUUAUGUCAGUGGCUCACAUGAUGUUGGUGUGCAUUACUCAUUGUAUGGGGUCUUGGUUCAUUCUGGUUACAACACUCAUUCUGGCCACUAUUACUGCUAUGUUCGCACUUCGAAUAACAUGUGGUAUACCUUGGAUGAUAAUCGGGUAAAACAUACCAGUGAACGGGAAGUUCUAAAUCAGCAAGCUUACAUGUUGUUUUAUGUUCGUGAUAGAAAAAGUGUAGCUCCAAGGAAGCCUGAUGUCAUUGCUAAGGAGGAGAAUGUGACUACAAAUGUUAUUGGAAAUAGAUGUUCUUCCACUUCUAACUAUGCAUUGAAUGAUUAUCCAAAUGGCCAGGUGGAAAAUAAGUUAUGUGGCAAUGCUUUUUUGGCUGCUGAAAAUCAGAAAUUUUUGAUAAAUGCUGAUUCACCAAAGGUUUCAAGUGAGAUCGAUGCUCAGGUUCAGCAAAAAGAUAGUGACAGUUUAGUAGAAAACUUAAUGAACAGCGAAACUCCUGUAUCUGAACUUACUUCGAAGGAACACACACAGAAAACCUCAUCAGAUGAGCCGUCAGAUGCACCAGCUGCUGACAGGCCUAAUCUGUUCAAUGAGAAUGCUAUUUUAAAAGCGUGUGAAGAUUCUCCUGUAAUAGAGACAACCAUGAGUAAUCCCCAAAAUUUUCCUGGUAGACAUACUAGUGACAAAACAUCCCAGUCUCAGGAGAAAAAUUCCCCCGCUAAAAUUGAUGCUGUUGCUGCUCAAGAUUCUGUCACAAAUUUUUCAGAGAGCGAUGGCCUUUUAACUUCGGUUGGAACUUCAAAUGGUUCUGUGAAUGAGGAAGCACACGGUAUGUUGUGUGAGAAUGCGGUUGUUUCUCAGGAACUGGUUCUUAAAGGUUCAUCCAAUAUAUCCUUUAAGGACUUGAGUCUUAAUGAAAAGCAAGCGAAAAAAUCAAAAAAGAAGUUUCCGAAGUACCAGGGAUCAAACUUGCAACUUCGCCCAAUCAUACAUUUUAUUGCAAAUAUUGGCCUGCGGAGGAAGAAUCACAAAAAAUGUAAACGCCGCUUGUUGGGUUUGAAGUAUUGCAGUAAAGAAAAGCGGAAUAAACAUGCUAUAUUAUCAGAAGUUGGACCAUCUACAUCUGGAAAAACACAUUUACUUCCGUCUUCUGAAAAGUUUAAGAAGAGGAUAGACCAGAACUUUGCUGUGCUUGCAUCAGUUACGAAAGUAGAAAAUAUGUCCCCAGGUUUAGUGGCAAAUAAAUUUAAAGCUGGACAAGCUAUUAGUCUACAGGAUGAUACAGGAGAUCAAAUGCAUAAUAGUGUCAUGACGAUGCUCACUCGAGGUCUAGAGGAAACAGUUGUUGCCCGUUGGGAUGAUAUGGGAUUACCUUCAUCUCAGCCUUUGGAGUCAAAGAAUGACCAGAGUGCCCGUAUCGGAUAUGUUGGGGAUGAAUGGGAUGAGGAUUAUGAUUCGGGGAGGAGGAAGAAGGUAAGGGUUUUGAAGCAGAGUUUUGACGGACCUAAUAUUUUCCAACAAGCUGCUAUCGAGAAAUCUAAUAAAAGGCCAAUGCUGAACCAUUUUAGCGCAGAGAAAUCUAAUAAAAGGGCAAAGUUGAACCAUUCUAGCGCAGAGAAAUCUAAUAAAAGGGCAAAGUUGAACCAUUCUAGCUCAAGGAACCCUCCAUUUAGGAUAUGA